CAGAGAACUGGGAACACACUCGCAUAUAUCCACAGAGGAGAUCAACCCAUUGAAUGAGACAUGAGUGGAAUAUAAUGACCACAAAAUCAACAGAAUCUAUUGGCUUGACUCUUGUUGGCACCAGCUCCCACAAGGGAGGAAGUGCGGGCAAAAGGAGGACCAAAAAGAUAACGACAAAUAGUGGGGAACGGACACAAAAUGGACCCGAGCCAGGAAACAGACGGAAGGGAAUCAUCUCACACACGGACUCCAACAUCGACAACAACGACGAUGUAGAAGCGGACGAGGACGAGUUUGGAUCCGGGUCUCAACUCAAGGCUCAUUAUGGCAAACGCGUGGCUCCCUCAGAGCUGAGGACGAGGCAGCGGUAUGAGGACCAGGAAUCGCACUCGAAUGAAUUUCAAAUCAAUUCCGACCCACUUUUCCCAAUGGGAGGUGGCUUCGAUGAUCGAGUGGAAAAUACCGAGCUUAUGAUGCUCAAUGAAGUGAACGGCAGGAAUCUGAACUUCACCGAGAGUGAGCGAACCUUGUCAAAAGAGGCCAGCAAAUCAGGUUCGAACGUGGACGUGAUAGUUCCAUUUCUUGAGGAGAAGAAUGCCGCUCUUCAGAUGAACAAUGGAUCCGAGUUGGAUGAUGGUGCUUGGGUUACAUUGGGCGGUGGGAGUGGGGAUGUUACUGGGGACCUCUUUGUGGAGGAGAAUUGGAUGGCACAGCAUGACUACGAGGACGACUCCCUGAAGUCGGUCUCGAUCGACAUGGAUGAAAACCUGUACGAGCAAUCCGUCCCCUCGGAUAAUAUCGUGUAUGUUCGGGCCGAAGUUGAGGUCCACGAGGUUCCCAAAGAACUCCAGGCCGUCAAAAGGCCUUGGAACCACAAGCCCUGGCUCACUCGGGUCCCUUCGAAUACACCCAUUUCUGAACCCGCUUCACUGCCAAGUGCCUCUGUUCUGAACAAGAAAUCUGUGAUAAGAGAUCUGGAUCGAAUCUCAACCCUCCAGAGCCUCGAUGAAGGCCUGGUUUGCUCCCCACCGCUGAUUGCUUAUCAAAGUCAGCAGAACUACAGACCCUCGUUCAUUUUCAACGUGAGUGAUGAGUCGUUCGAUUGUGAUAAUCCUGGACUCGCUUUGUUAGAAGACUCCAAUGCCUUGAGCGACUUCUCGGGACAAAUUUCCUCUCCUCUCUCACUUCAUCCGUCCUUGAUGAUUGCUCAUCUGCCCCCAUCAACAUCCAAUUCCUCUUCCGUAUGCCAACGUCACCCUCAAAUCUUUGCUCAGAAUUUGUCACCGGUCUUAUCUCGACGGAGACAUCUCCAAUCCAAUCAUCAGAGGCAGAGCGUGUGCUCGGAUACCUCUCAGGUAUCCAAUCAUUCCAUGAGAAGUGAUCUGUCCUCCAUCCUCGCUCCCGACCGGGAACAGGCCUUGGGAGAGAAGAUCCGCGGGAUUGUGUCCAAAUUUCGUCGGCGAGCCACUUUGGUCAAAAAGCGAUUGGAGUUCCCACCCACUCCUGACCAUUCCUCGGAAGACGAUGAGGACCCGGGUCACCAUGAUAACCAGAUUGUCCAUGAUACUAGCUCCAACCCCAACCUGAUUGAGAAGAAGCCCAAGAAGGAGCUGGAUGUUUCAAAGGACGAGAACAACGAUUUGAGCCGACUCCGGACCAUAGCAUUACAACGCAUGGUCUAUGAGGACUUCAAUGCCUCGUUAUAUGCCUCCAAGUCCACUGUUGACUUUGGCUGGUAUGAUGAGUGGUCAUGGCAUAAACUUGGGAAGAAAGUUGAGUUCAUCGAUCCCCGCGGGUACAUUAACAUAUUUUGGCUGGCCCUUCAAGCCCUAGUGUUUUUGUAUAACGCUUGGGUAAUCCCGUUACGGUUUUUCUUUCCUUUCGUCCAGUCCCCGGAUAAUUUGUUUAUGUGGCUGUUUUGCGACUAUUGUGGUGAUUUGGUCUACCUCCUGGACCUCUUGGUCUUCAAGCGCCGUUUACUGUACAUGGAGAAUGGAUUCUGGGUGAAAGACCGUCGACGCCUCACCAUCCAUUAUGUAACUAAAGGCUCUUUUCGUUUUGAUUUGUUGGCACUAAUGCCCACCGACAUUCUUUACCUUUGGUUCGGCCUCCACUAUACAAUCGUUCGGAUCCCGCGGCUAAUCAAGGUAAUUGCCUUCUGGGAGUUCAUCUACCGUCUGGACGCAGUCAUGGCCAAGCCUUACAUCCUCCGCAUCGUCAAGACUGUCAACUACAUGCUUUAUCUCAUUCAUCUCAAUGCCUGUGCCUACUAUGCCAUUUCGGAUUGGGAAGGGAUCGGGAGCAACACCUUCGUGUACAACGGUCAGGGAAGUGCAUACAUUCGAUGCUUCUACUUUGCUACAAAAACUGCCACAUCCAUUGGAAAGAACAAGAAGCCGACGAACAUCUCCGAGAUCCUCUUUAUGACAGCCUCUUGGCUGAUGGGAGUAUUUGUCUUUGCUAUUCUCAUUGGAGACAUUCGAGAUAUUGUGAGCAAUGCACGCAAGAGUGCUUCCAGUUUCCAGAAGCAAAUGGAUGCUGUGGUGGAUUACAUGAAUCGAAACAAAGUGAACAAAGAGGUGCAGGGAAGGGUGAAAAUGUGGAUGCAUUACACGUGGGAGCUCCAGAAGAGCUUUGAUGAGGCCAAAGUGCUGGAAUUCCUACCUCUUAAAACGCGAACAGACAUCGCGAUGCGAGUGCAUUAUCCCACCUUGGUCAAGGUCAAGCUCUUCCGAAACUGCGAACCGGGCUUGCUCAAGGACUUGGUCAUCAAACUCAGGCCAGUCAUCUAUCUACCCGGCGACCAUAUCUGCCGGAAAGACGACAUUGGCACCGAGAUGUUCAUCGUUCAAUCGGGCCAGGUCCACGUGCUCGGUGGCAUUGAUGGUCGGGUGCUUUGUACUUUAGGGGAAGGCUCAGUCUUUGGGGAAAUCGCCUUACUGGGAGUGGGUGGGAUGAAUAAGAGAACAGCCAAUGUGAUCUCGGUGGGCUUCUCGAAUCUGUUUGUGCUUCAAAAGGCCGACUUGGAAGCGGUCCUUCAAGACUAUCCGGAUGCGAAGCAAAUCCUAAAUGCUAGAGCGAGAAAGCUAAUGAAGGAGAAUGAACAACGCAUUCGCAGAGAGGAGGCCUCACUUCGUCGGAAAAACGCCGUGGCCGAUGACGAAGUGAUUUUCCCACUUCAAUCCGGUAAAAGGGAACCAGCUCUGAUUGGAACGGUUCUCAAGGCACUGCCAGAGACCUCCUUAGCAUCUGCACUUCUCCGACGAGGCUCCAAAGCGUCCCAAGGCACUCGAAGCCGAACUGUGAGUGUUGACUUUGGCAGACCAGGUCACUUGGGAAGCAGUGUCCGUGGCAAUGCCCAGCUCAUGUUGGGACCCGGAAUAAGGUCUUGGUCCUUGGAUCAGCGGGAAGAAAUGACCCCGCGCAACUUCUCAUCCAUUCUGUCAGAAGUGCUGGGUGCGGAGAAUCCAUCAUAUCUGGAGCCUUCCGAGGACCCCGUUGGUAAGAGGCCAAAGACCGGGUGGGUCAGUUUGGAUCAGCGCGACCACACACAGCCUCGGUCCAAAGAACUGAAGGGAUGUAGUAGAUACCGUGAUACAAAUUCGAGGGUCUCGGAGGAAGUGGAUAAAAUUUCCAUCCAAAGCUUCCAAACCGUGCAGUCUGUGGAACGAGCAACGACUACCACAAAUUUGAUGGCGUCAGCUAAGCUGGAUUUAGAGUCUAUUGAUUUAGUGAAAGGGGCAAAUGAAAUGAAGCGAGAGCCAAAAUGCUGACAAUGGCCUUUUAUCGUUCUAUGGUUGGAACCACGGAGCGAUAAAAGAGAAAUUUAUCAUGCAGGCCAACGAUAUCGUCUAAUUAAUCGGGUAUUCAAGGUCGCUCACUCAUCAUCCGGAAUUAGUGGGUUAAUAGACGACAAACGACUAGCGCCACGUGACCUGCUGGCAAUGAAAAGAAGGACCCAAUUGCUCUUCAGCUUGAACGACGACGACGACGACGACUUCAUUUUGCGAACAACACACAUGAAAGAAAAGCGCCAGACGGUUGCUGUGUUCUUUCUUUUAUUGGCUUUUUGUACUUUGUCAAAAUAAUGUUUCUUUGUCUGACCAUAA